AUGGGGGGAGGGGCCAAACGGGUAAAAAGCUACAGCAGCGAUCACCAAAUUCUGCUCGUUGGAGAAGGAGACUUGUCUUUCUCUCUUUCUUUGGCCAAAGCCUUUGGCUCUGCCUCUAAUAUCACUGCUACAUCCCUUGAUACACUCGAGGAGCUGGAGAGCAACUACAGAGAUGGAAAAAGCAACGUACAAGAGCUGAAGGAUCUCGGUGGCACGGUCAUUCAUGGAGUGAACGUUCAUACGAUGACCCAAAACUGUAUUAUACGAUCAAAACGCUACGACAUGAUCGUCUUUAACUUCCCUCAUGCAGGGUUCACUCCUGGUCUCUCUGAGCGUAAUCCCUUAGCCAUCUCGCGUCAUCAGGAGGUGGUGAGAGGAAGCGCCAAGAAUGUGGUGAAGCGUUUUGAUGGAGAGAUUCACGUCACACACAAGGCCGCAUAUCCUUUCAGCGAGUGGAACAUAGAGACUCUGGGUGAGAAGGAAGGUCUCACACUGUUGGGGAGUUCUGCGUUUAACAUGCGGGAUUAUCCUGGUUACAGCAACAAAAGAGGAAGCGGCUUUUACUGUGACUCUGCCUUUCCUGUCGGACAAUCUGUUACUUUCAGAUUCUCAUUCCAUUAG